GGUGAAUAUUUUGAUCAGUCGCACGUGGCUCUACCAAAUGUCUCAAAGUUCUUCUUACAUCAAGCUCUGGAAGAGAGAAAAGCCGCAGAGGCUUUGAUGAAGUAUCAGCAAGAAAGAGGAGGCCAUUACUGUUCUAAAACCAUCCAGAAACCAAACUGUGAGUAUGCAGUCUGUCUGAUGAAAGCCCUGGAAUUAGCAAUGGUACAGUGGAAAACUAUCAUCCGAUAUUUUGAAGAGCUUUAUGCCCUGAGUAUUGAAAAUGCAGACCCUCAUAGCGCAAGCACUAUCAAGAAACAAUUUAUUGGGCCCAAAAUCCGGAAGAUCAAGCUGAUGGGAGAUCUGCUGACCAACGCUCGCAGGCUUGACUGUUCCCAAGAUGGCAGAAAUAGUCUUGGGGAUUACUUUAUGGACCGGUUGCAGAAAGAGUUCAGGACAGGUAUAGAGCCAGAGUCUAGUCAGCACUGUAGCCCCUGCCCACCUCUCCAGCAGUGUACAGGAGCUGCAGAGGCUCUGAAGCGACCCCAGAGAGAAUCUUCCCAGCACAGAAAUGGCAUAGGGCCAAUAUAUGCAACCAUACACUGCACUACCAUGCUGCCACAGUGUAAUGAUGGGACAGGAGCAAAGGUGAAGCAGGGCAGGGAGGGGCUUUAAUGCUGUGGCUGUUGCAGCUGUGGAGCAGCUCUAAGGCAGACCUGUAUGGGUGGCCUUGAGACCAGAACUCAGGAGACAUGAUGCUGUAUCACUCCUCCUGCUUUACACCCCGUUCCCUUGUCCUCUGUUCAGUCACAGCUCAAAAUCUAGACCAUACCGUUAUUUUGUUCAAAUGAUAGCAAGGUUGCUAGUUACCUAGGUUGUUUGCAUUAGUCACACUUUUAUGUGUGCAAUUCUUCCUAGAAGCCAAAAGCUUUUGAG